AUGCCUCUUGACGUUGAGACCUGCGAAGUGAUCCUCGCUGACGAUGAGUUGGCGAAUCGAAUGGUGGCACAAGGCAAUCUCGGUCUAGCUGGUUUUGACGAGGACAAUGAGCUUAUUUAUGAAGCUGAAGACGGUCAGGAGGCUCUAGAUAAGUUCGCCGAACUCCAGGAUAAUGGAGGGGAAGGCCCUAUCAUAGUCUUACUGGAUUUGCACAUGACUGGUGGUAUGGAUGGUAACCUGGCAGCUGAGCAGUUGAAGGAGAAGUAUGAUGAGUACGAGAGGAAGCCAUUCAUCGUGUGUUGCUCGGCUGAGGUUAUCGAGGAUCUCAAGGCCAAGCCCUGGGCUCAUCUCUUCCACCAUUUUGCAGCUAAGCCGAUGAUGAUGGAUGUUGUCGAGGAGAUGGUCGCUAGCUGCUCGGAAUGGCUCGAUAACGGGUGUGAGAAAGAUUAUACGACUGAUGAGAACGGCCCUGGUGAUGCGGAGGAAGAGGAGGAAGAGGAGGAGGAGGAAGACUAA